CAUAAGUGCUUGUUGAGUAGAGUUCCCCGCCUUUUGAAUACAACGCCUUCAUAACAAUACAACUGAGGUCUUGCAGUUUGACAUUCUAAAGCGUAUUUGUCAGUGAAUAUGUUGCUGGACUAUUGGUGGCUAUAUAUAUAUUAAAGCAACCAGUUGACAGUCAUGUUGCUGCCAUCAGACGUAGCUCGUUUGGUUCUGGGCUACCUUCAGGAAGAAGGUCUGUCCGAUACAAGCUUAGCGUUUAUCCAGGAGAGCCCAAACCUGAAGGAAUAUGCAGAACAUACCAUGGGAGACGGGGCUGUACCUGCUUGUGUUUUUUCUAUAUUUGGAAAGGGACUAACAACAAUAUUAAAUGAGUAUAUGGCUGCCAAAACAAAAGAGACUUGCAGUGAAGUACCUGCUGUGAUGACAUCAUUGUGGAAAAAGCUGGAUUUCACACUCAAACAAAUCAAGUCCUUGCAGAGUUCUCCAGCUAUAUCAGCAAGUCAGAGGGCACGUUCCCGUGUUGGACUGGCAAACCUGGCGAGACAGCAGGUAUUGAGCAUAACUUCAGGGAGCAGUGUGGUCUGCUCCUCCAUCUCUGAAACAGCCUUAGUCAACAGCCCUGCAGUCAGCUCACAGUGUGUUCCCAGCCAUUCCACACCUUUGAGCUACUCUGCUCCUCAAAUCAGAGCACCUUCAGGCAGUGCCACACCCCACCAGUUCCACGAUGGCAGCCGGUCACUCAGUAUACAGAGAGAUUCACCAGUACAGAUAAUAGUUACAGAGCAGCGACUAAAUCCAGGACCCAUGUCCCCAGGGCGACGGAAAUGGGACACUCCUAGAAAAAGGAGCUGUGGUGUGGGAGGCUCAGGUGGUUCUGCCAAGUUCAGCGUGCCUGCCAGCAAUGUCAAUGCUGAACCACAACCUGAGGAAGCUGUCGAUGAGAACUUCCCUCAACUUGUGAUACAAAAUGCACGUGACAAGAUAUUAGGAGAUCGAUCGCUACAAGAAAAGCUUGCUGAGAACAUUAACAAAAUUCUUGCAAAUGAGCCAACACCCCUAAUACCAAAGGCCCCAUCAAGUUCAGUGGAAGACGACCAAUCGAUUGAUGAAAUUCUUGGAUUACAGGGAGAAAUACAUAUGAGUGAUGAUGCAAUCCACGACAUUUUGGAGCAAACAGAAUCUGACCCUGCUUUUCAAGCCCUGUUUGACCUCUUCGACUAUAAUAAAACCAGAACUGAUGGAGGAGCAGAAGAUGUAGAUAUGAGCAGUGCCCCAGAGGAGAACGAUACCGCUGGACCACCUCCAUCCACCGCUGGGCAACUCCCGGGUAAUACCGGUCCAGCUACCACAGAGCAAGAAUCCUCAUGUUUAACACCAGUCACAUUGAAGAACACAGCUGUGCAAGAACGCAAAACUAGAAAACCGACUACUCUCUUGAAGAAGACUGUGCUUGGUUCCAGCAGUAGGUCAUCCCGACUCGAAAACAGCUCUGCUAGAUUGCUAAUUACUCAUGAGGAGCAUUGUGGCGAGUUCUCUUCUACCCUGAGUGAAAACGGAAAAGAAAAACUCUUUCCUCACACGUUUACUCCAUCACCAUUGGAUAUUGAUAACACAAUGGAUACAUCUUUAACCGUUUUAGAGAGUACAGCCUCUGUAGGGGCACAGGACAGCUUACCCACCUUGGCACCUAUUAUUGACCUGACUGCAAUCCCUGCAUCAAGAGCCACUGCUACAGUGGCACCAGUAAUUUAUGUGAAUAAUCAAAGUAAACAAGCACAAGGAUCUCAAGCUCCAUCUGCUGCAGCGCUGUCAUCUCCACUGAAUAAUCAGCCUGCGUUUUUGUCUCCUGUACAACAUAACUUGAGUGCUGACUUGCCUCCCACAUCACUUCCAAGCAGUGGUGGAAACACACAACCUCUGACUUUCUUAGUGACACCUCAGUCUUCCACAGGUGCCACACUUACAGAUGCUAACGCUGCUGCAUCAAAUGCAGGAACAUGUUCCACAGGUACAUUAUCCGCAUCCUCAAAGUCAGGGAUACCAGGUGCUGCUGCAUCCGGUUUUGUGAGCAGCAAUAUCGAUACGCCUAGCAAAGUUUCAACUGAUUCCAGUAACAUAGUUUCUUUGAAGAUUAUCAUCAGCGAUAACCAGGAUGAGGAUUCUUCAAGUGAUAAAGCUUUGAAUCCAGCUAUUUCCAAUAUUCCUGCAGAAAAGAUACCCACGAUCUAUCUUUCCUCUCCUGCCAAAUCUCCAAGAGGACCUGGCACACCAAGAAGCACGAAUUUGGACGAAACAGCGCUGGCAGUUUGUGGCUUACAAAGCUCUGAAGCUUUAGCUAAUUCGCCCUGUAAAGCCGGAGCACUAGUUCCGUCUCAUCAAUUAGCAGCAACUACACAGGCUCAGCAGAGCUAUAUUAUUCAGCUACCCUUGGACACUGUUAACCCUGCUCUCCAAGGAACCACUACUAGCUAUUUACUCAUGACGGAACAGCUGACAGCAGAUGCUGCGGCCAGACAGUCGCAAGCACCUGCUGUUGUCUCAAAAGGACCACUUAUGCCCAAAACUAACCAAUAUAGUGUGACUGCAGCAACUCCACCACAAGGUUUUGUUUCUGGGUCAGCACUCAUCCUCCCAUCUCCUGUUAAGCCCAUGAUGCUCCCUAUGACUAUUAUGGGACAGAAUGGUAUUGGAAAGGUCCAAAUGGUGGCCAAUCAGCUCGUUGGAAUACCAACGUCUGUGCCAAUGCAGCAAAACGUAACUGUCGAGCCCAAUCCCCCAAUAGUUGCAGUCAAACAGUCCACAACUGGUGGUACUUUGAACAGUGUGGUGGGACAGAACCUGCAGAAUGAGACGAAGGAUGCCAGUGCCAGCCAUAAGAGAAUUUUAUGUUUUGAGUCGCCCACAGAAGUUCAACCACCAACCUCAAAACCAGCAACAACGGCCACAUCUUCAGUUACAAACACAAUGACUUCACAAAAUGCCACUCAGACUAAGAAAGGCCAUUCUCAUGUAGCCCCUCGUACCAGGCCUGCUAUCCUGGGUGGCAAUAAGCCCAAACGGAAGGUGGAGACCAUCAGGUGUUCAGCAGAUCACCAAACCAGUGGUAACUUGGUUAUGCCCAUAUCUCCACAACAACAAGAGAACAAUGUCAAAACGAACUCAACCAUCCUCAACCAAGAAUCUCAAACUGCAAGUGGAAGCGGGGUUGGUUUGUCUCAGCCAGAGUCUGUGAAAAACUCCGAACCAGGAUCUACAUCCAAACCUGUAGCUGGAAAGCACAGCCUUAAUAAGGAUGGAGCCCAAACUAAGGAUUCUGGUAGCUCUAAAUCAUUGUUGUCUGUUUCUGAACUAAAGUGUAUAAGUAGUAAAGAAAAAUACGAAGGAAGCAGGAAAGAGCCUGAAGAAGAACAAAUAGAGAAGAAGACUCUUCCUCAGGACAAACCAAAAGUGACGGCCAACAAGGAAAACGAAGUGAUUGGUAGCUCACAAGAGCAGUUGCAACUGUCAACAUCUUCCUCUUUAGGAACAUCAGACUUGGGUCCCCCAGCCGUUACACCAUCCAAGUCUGCCAAAAUUCCCUCAAAGACCAAGUCUUUGGCUAAACAGGCAGCUGAGAUGCUACAGAACAUUCAGGGGCUCAGCUCUCCUCACAGACCAGGUAAGAAGUCUGGAAUUAGCAUUCCAGACCUCACUGGUCUCCGAACCCACGGGGCUGGCAAUAACCAGGAAGAGUCCGUUGAUUGUCCGAGGACUCCUUUGCAACAGAAAAAGGGAAAAGAUGCAGAGGGAACACCUAAAAAUGUUCUUCCCCAUAACACUCCAGAUGUCCCCACAUGCAGCCCGGCCAGUGAGGCAGGUAGUGAAAACAGCAUCAAUAUGGCCGCUCACACGCUUAUGAUCCUGUCGCGUGCCGCCAUCGCCAGGACUGGCACUCCACUAAAGGACAGUUUGCGUCAGGAGGAAGUGGGCGAGAAGUCUCCCCCUAGUUUGAAGAAUUCAAAGAAGCGCAAGCAGUCCCCUUCUACUGCCAGCCCCCCAGCAAAGAAAGCAUCAAAACAAUCUCCUGAUAAAAAGAAAGACCGGGUAAGACUAGAUGAUCUUUGUUAUACCAACAUUAAAAUGUCUGUACAGGGCCUAUUUAAUGACACUGUUUUAAAGCACAGUUACAUCUGGAUAGCCUUUCAUUCUUUCAUUUUGCCUUAACCUGGAGGUGAGUCACUGAUUUCUAGGCAGCCUCCUAGAUCACACACGUCACUAAAACCAAGUGACCACAAGUGACCAAGACCACACCAAAGGAUUCUGACUGUUCUCGGCAAGAUGCUGACUUACUGAAUGAAAGAACCCAAAAAAGACCAGAACAAAAAAGGCCACGAACAAUAAAUAAACUUCAGUUGUUAUUUGUGGAUAUGGUUAUACUUUUGGUGCUAGUGGUUAGCCAAAUUUAACUGUACCACAUGGUGACACUAUUAUGAUUACUUUUUGGCAUAUCUACAUUUGGUGACUGUGUUAUUUUAUGUUUUAAUUGAAUGAUCAUCAAAGGUAAGGAAAAGCAUACAUUAUGACUGAUUUCCUCAUCUAAUUCUAUCUCCCAUUUGAAUUUUGCAGCAAAGAAAAAAACUCAUAAAUUGCUUCCCCCAUGACUUGGAUGUGGAUAAGUUCCUUUCUUCACUUCACUACGAUGAAUGAAAGUGGACUUGCCGACAAGAAAGGGCUGCUAUAUCAUGAUGACCUGCUUGGCUUACUUUCCUGGAAUAGAACGAGCCAUCUCCUGACCCUGUACCCAUGGUCAGUUUUCAUAACAUGACCUCACACCUUGUAACAUGCAAAACCUGCUUGGACUAAUGAGAUUUUCAUUUGAGUGAUUAGAUGUUGCCGCUGUCGAGCAAACAUGACUCUUUUUUUCUAUCCUUAUGUUUGUGUAUAAUUAUAAUAUAAUUAAGAAUUAAAUGUAAUUAUAAUGAUAAUUGGAUAGUUCCGCUGUAGAGUGUUAAUAGACUUAAAAAGUGCAUUUUCUUAGGGUGUGGGUCAGCAUUUCUUUGGUCAAUAUUUGACUCCUCAAGUUGUUUAAACCAGCUAACUCUGCUAUACAUAUUGGUAUGUAAAACAAAAAAACAUUUUGUAAUACAGUAAGUCUGUGUCAAUAAA